AUGUGGAAUACUGAUUUCAACGACAGAUUGAACGAGAAAACUUCUAUGUCCUUAGAAGACAAAAGUGCAAUGAAAAUAAUGGAAUCUUCUCUUAUUCAUAAAGACGGACACUACAUGAUGGGGUUACCAUGGAAAAACGAAAACGGACAAUUGCCUAACAACAUUCCACUCGCUCAAGUGCGUCUCCAACAACUGAAAAACAAACUGUCACGUGACCCAGGAUUACAGAAAAUGUACACAACUACCAUGAAUGAAUAUAUAGAGAAAGGUUUUGCGACUGAAUUACCGGAAUUGGAGGACGAAAACUAUCACAAACGUAUCUGGUAUUUACCACAUCAUCCAGUUACUAAUGUAAACAAACCAGGGAAAGUUCGCAUUGUGUUUGAUUGCGCUGCGAAGUAUAAAGGCGUUUCAUUGAAUAGCCAACUGCUCCAAGGACCUGACCUAAUGAACAGUCUUAUGGGCGUAGUAAUUCGUUUUAGGAAAGAGAAAAUAGCCCUUGCCGCGGAUAUAGAAUCCAUGUUUCAUCAAGUGCGCGUUACGGAUGAAGAUCGCAAUGUUUUACGUUUUCUAUGGUGGCCUGGUGGGGACUUAAAUAAGAAACCAAAGUGUUACCGCAUGAAUGUACACUUGUUUGGAGCGACAUCAUCACCAAGUUGUGCGGCGUAUGCCUUAAAGAGAACUGCAGUUGACAAUGCCGAAAUAUUUGAACCGGAAGUGGUUACUACAGUCCAGAGAAAUUUUUAUGUUGACGACUGUUUGAAGUCUGUGGAAUCAGAACAAAAGGCAAUAAAGUUAGCAACUGAUCUUCAGUCAAUUAUGAAGUUAGGCGGAUUUCGACUAACUAAAUGGCUAAGUAACAGCAGAGAAGUUUUGAAUGCUAUCCCAGAAUCCGAACGCGCGCCUUCUGUUGUAAAUUUGAGUCUCGAUGAUGCCUUACCUUGUGACCGCGCCUUAGGAGUACUUUGGAAUGUAAAUGAAGAUAAAAUUUGUUUUAAAGUAAAAUUGGAAAAGAAGCCUUUCACGAGACGUGGAAUUCUUUCCGUCGUAAGUUCUAUAUACGACCCACUUGGACUUGUGUCACCUGUUACACUCCAGGCCAAGGGUAUAGUUCAAAGUUUGUGCAGAUUGAAGAUUGGCUGGGACGACCAGAUACCACAAAACAUCAGUAAUGAAUGGCAAACUUGGUUAUCUACCUUAUCUAGCUUAGAAAAGCUAUCUGUGAAUCGCUGGUACAGACCACAGGGAUUUGGGACCGUCAGAAAUACCCAGUUACAUAUAUUCAGUGAUGGCUCGGAACGAGGCUAUGGUGCAUGUGCUUACUUGCGUUUUGUUGAUGUACAUGACAACGUACAUUGUUCCCUGGUGAUAGGAAAGUCUCAUCUAGCACCAAUAAAGCAGAUGUCUAUUCCACGACUGGAGUUAUCUGGCGCUGUAGUAGGGUGUAGAUUAUUUGCAAUGUUAUCUGAAGAAUUAGAUAUGAAUUUUGACCAAGUUACCUUUUGGACAGACUCCAUGAUUGUUCUUGGAUAUAUAAAUAACGUGUCCAAGCGGUUCAAGACGUUUGUUGGGAAUAGACUCAGCAUAAUUCAUGAAACAACUUCCCAGACCAGUGGCGCCAUGUGCACACAAGUUCGAAUCCCGCAGACAUAG